AUGUCUCUCAACACUCCUGCUGCAGGGCAAUCUGCCCCGGUAAACAACCCGGAGGCUGUUGCGUAUCGAGAGCGUGAUGCAUUGUACAACUACUCAACUGGCGUUGUUGAUGUUCCACAGGGUUACAAGUAUCGUCAGUAUCGUAUUUUCGGGUUCACGUUGCCUUGGUAUGCGUCGCCGAAAAUUCAGCUGGGCAUGGUUGCUUUUGUUUGUUUUAUGUGUCCUGGAAUGUUUAAUGCGCUUAAUGGGAUGGGUGGAGGAGGGCUGAAGGACACCAAGCUUGUCAACGACAUGAACACCGCCUUGUACAGUACCUUUGCUGUCGUCGGCUUCUUUGGAGGCACGUUCGUCAACAGACUUGGGGUGAAGUUGACACUAGCAUUUGGUGGUAUUGGCUAUGGCAUCUACACCAUUAGCAUCCUGCUCUAUACCCACUUUGAAAACGAUGUCCGAGCUUUCAACAUCGUUGCAGGCGUGCUUCUUGGUGUAUGCGCAGCAAUGCUUUGGACCGCUCAAGGAACUAUCAUGAUCUCGUAUCCCCAUGAACAUCAGAAGGGUCAUUACUUCGCCUGGUUCUGGGGAAUCUUCAAUAUGGGUGCUGUCAUCGGCAGCCUUAUUCCAUUGGGUGGCAACAUCAACAUUGAAAACAACGAAGACGUCAGCGAUGGCACAUACAUCGGCUUUAUAGUCCUGAUGUUCUUCGGAGCUGCCUUAGCCCUUCUUCUGUGUAAUGCAAAUGAUAUCAUCAGAAAAGACGGAUCAUAUGUCAUUCUGAUGAAGAACCCAACUUGGCAAAGCGAGUUCUACGGCCUGUACGAAACCAUUCGCUACGAACCAUUUGUUAUUUUCCUAUUUCCUAUGUUCUUCUCGUCCAACUGGUUCUAUGUGUAUCAACAAAACGUCGUCAACGGUGCCUACUUCUCAACGAGGACCAAAGCCUUGAAUAGCCUCUUGUACUGGCUUGCGCAGAUUGCAGCCGCAGCGAUAUGGGGGUAUCUGUUGGACUUGGAAUACCUUCGUCGCUCUGUACGAGCCAAGAUUGCACUUAUUGUUCUUUUUGUCAUGACUUUUGUUGUUUGGGGAGGAGGCUAUGUUCAUCAGAGAACAUACACUAGAGAGACGUCGGAGGCCAAGGACUUUGAAACGGAUUGGAGGGACGACGGGUAUGCUGGGCCCAUGUUUCUUUAUAUCUUCUAUGGUUUUUAUGAUGCGGCUUGGCAAGCUACUGUUUAUUGGUUCAUGGGCGCCCUCUCAAACUCAGGCCGUCGCUGCGCAAACUACAUCGGCUUCUACAAAGGUAUUCAAUCAGCCGGCGCAGCCAUCUCCAAUAACUUGGACGCAAGAAAAGUAUCAUUCGAAGCACAAUUCAUCAGCAAUUGGGUGCUAUUAGCUGCGUCACUAAUUAUUGCAUCACCUGUUAUUUUUCUCAAGAUCCGGGAUCAUGUCGAUUUGGAGCAGGAUCUUGAAGGAACAGAUGAAACUAUGGCAGAUGUGGCACCGCAUGUUGUUGCAAACUCGGGUCACUCUGGGGAUAACUUUGAAAGUAAGGAAUCAAGACGAAGAGUUCCUGGGUUUACUGCAGUCUAA